AUGAUCAAUAUUACACUGCCAAACACCAGCGGUUACUUCGACGUCGACAGAGAAACAGUUUCGCUUAAAAGAGGUUCAACAACUUCCACUUUGGAGCAACUUGGCUUCUGCUUGGUCGGGAGCCGCACAAGGGGUGUCUUUAUCAAAAGUAUUUACCCUGGCAGUCCUGUGGAACAGUCCGGCAGAAUCCAUGUCGACGACAAACUCGUUCAGGCGGACGAUGUGCCGCUGCUUGGCCUUACUCCUUCUCAGGUUGUACGAAUCCUCAACUCAGCGUUGUCUCACAGUCCGACCAUACAGCUGACCAUACUUCACUGUUGUCACCCGUCUUCUCGUCUGGUUCCUGCGACCGUCAAUGAAAAUCCCUCUGAACAACACGGAGAAAAAGUCGUCGAACGAAACUCUACGACUAUCGACACCAGCAAUGGCAAUGGUGACGCAAAGACGAAGUCGAAAUCAGGUUCCAUUUCGGCCGAAGCUGAAGUACAUAUCUCUGAAACGAAAGAGGAUGAUAAGAAGGGGGACACUUUGGACGUUAUCUCGACGAAGACAAAUGCUGAAGUAAUCGAUGAGGAUACUGCCAAAUGCAAGAACAACGACAAAUCACCACAGGAAUCAGUGCCUACUUUCAAAGGUAGAAGAGUGACAUUUGCAAACAUGUCCAUGGAGAACAGUAGCGACUCAACAGGAGACCUUUGCUCGAUCUGCGAAAACGACUUGGUGUCCCCGCCAGAGAACAGGUCACAGAAGGCAAGGUUGGACAGGUUUUCCGCGAAUUAUGAAAAGCUGGCCAUUAGCAGAAGCCAGAGACGGAUAUUCUGUCGCGACAACAUCGAUAAAAUCCCUAACGACGAGCUUCCGCUAAUAUCUUUCGAUCAACUGGUCAACAGCAACCAGUCCAUUUCGCCGGUGGACAACAAGUACUGUUGCAUUCCGAGUUAUUGA